GAUUUUGGAUUUUUUAAUUAAUAUAAACCCAGCCCAUUUGACGGAUUGAUCCGUAAAUAGCAUCUUGACGGACCCGGUCCGUGGGCGACGUGGCGGAAAGAGAUUGGACGGAGGAGCGUUUGUGUUUGGUAUUGGCGAAAAAAACCUCAUUUCGACGAAAGCAAAGAAAAAAAAAACCUCUCAACUCUCCAGGGCGAUUUGUCGGAUCCCACCGUCGCGAUUCAACUCCGUCUGAUCCUCAAGGUAAGUAGAAGCGUUUUCUUUUCUAUCGAUCUCCUGUGGUUGUUUCCAUUUAUAUUCAAUAGAUUUGGGAUCGUUUCGUAUCAAAAUUAGGGUUCGAAAAAAAUCUGCGAUUUGGGGAUUUUUUAUAUUAGGGUUUGAAAACCCUUUUGGGUCUCGAUCGCUUUUGGGAUUUGAAAACCCUUUUGGGUCUCGAUCAAUUUAGGGAUUUGAAAACCCUUUUCGGGUCUCGAUCGAUUUAGGGAUUUAAACAUUGUGCAUUUUUUCCAUUCGAUUUAGGGUUGCGACUCUAUUUAGUGUUGAUAUGUUCGUCUUUCUUAUUGUUUUUCAAAAUUAAUGCUAAUUUUUGUGUUUUGCUUGUCUCUUUCUUUGCAGGUUAACGAAAAUGGGAAGGUAUAGCUAUAGCCAGCAGUCCUCAUCAUCAGCGUCCGUCGACAUCACCUCACUUCUCGAAGCUGAAGCUCAGGGUUACGCCGAUGAAGCUCAGAGUAGCUUCGAUAAUGGAGAGCCGUUUCAGAACCAACCUCAACCUGAGGGGGAUGAUGGCAUCCCGACGAUCUGCUACUGUGGGAGUGAGCCGGUUGUUGCUACAGCCUACACGGAAAAAGAUCCAGGCCGUAGGUAUUUCACCUGCAACAAUGUCGUUGAUGGAGCCACUCACAUCUGGAAGUGGUGGGAUGACGCGGUCAUGGAGGAGAUGAGGGACUUUCAGACGGAGAUAAGACGGCUUAAGGAAGCAGUUGCAGAGAGAGAGCAGAAGCUGCUGCUGCUAGAGAAGACUGUGUACGACGCAGGAAAGGAUACCACACGAGUUAAGCUAAUGGUGUGCCUGCUAGUGGUCAUAGGUUUGGUAAUCUUGGUUCUACAUGGAGUAGCUUCAAAGGCUUCAAUGGGGAGUGUUCUAUCACCUGUCCAAUGGCGAAAAAAGUAAAGGUACUCUGCUUUUCUUUUCUAUCACUUGACAAUGUAUAUUCCGUAAAAAAAAAAUUCCAAUAGUUUUGUAGAUUAAUUGAAUGAUUUUUGUAGGUAGAUAAAAACCCGUGUGAUUUGAUUGGAUGGUGUUUGGUUAAAUAGCUGUUAUAGUACAUAGGAUUUAUUGAAUGGUGUUUGGUUAAAUAGCUGUUAUAGUACAUAGGAUUUAUUGAAUGGUGUUUGGUUAAAUAGCUGUUAUAGUACAUAGGAUUUAACUAGGACUGUAUUAAUAAAUGCUACUGAUAUUUGUUAAUUGCUUUUAGUUUGCUUCCUAUCUUCCUAACUGCUCAGAUUUGAUAGGGUGUUAUUGUAUAAUAAAUUAGAACUUGUAUUACUUAAGGCUCUGUGUAACUACUUGAGUAACACAGAGCAUUUUUACAGCCAUGUCGGGUUAUAGACACCUUCUGUACAGUCAAAUCCCAGUAGAUCUUGAAUCACCCGAGCCUUUUUGGCUCGGGUCUCAAGCUCCUGAUGAUUCUCCUAGCGAAAUCUCUCCUGAGUGUCCUAGCCAAAUCCCUCCUGAGUGUCCCAGUCAAGUCCCUGGUCAGUCUCGUAGGCAAGUCCCUGGUCAGUCUCGUAGGCAAGUCCCUGAGGAGUCUGUUAAGACCUUUCCAGAUAGAAGGAAAUAUACACCCAAAGAGGAUAGGAUCCUUAUUGGUGCUUGGCUUAACACCAGUAAGGACCCUCUCGUAGGCAACGAGCAGAGAGCUGUUGCUUUCUGGAAGCGUAUUGUAGACUACUACAACGCCAGCCCUCAGCUCGUUGGGGAAGUACCGCGGGAGGUUACUUCUUGUAAGCAGAGGUGGUCUAGGAUCAAUCAUGAAGUAUCCAGAUUCACUGGUUGCUACAACCAGGCGCUGAGGGAGCAGAGAAGCGGCCAAAAUGAUGAUGAUGUGAUCAAAGCUGCUUACGACAUAUUCUUCACCAAGUACGAUACCAAGUUCACACUCGAUCACUGCUGGAGAGAGCUCAGGCAUGAGCAGAAAUGGGCCUCCACAUAUAUGGCUAAGGAUGGUGGAAAGGAAAAGCGGAGGCCGGUGGUGGAUCUUGACGGACCAGAAGAAAAUGUUGUUGGAGAAGAUGAGGAUAGACCCGUCGGGGUAAAGGCUGCGAAAGGUGCCAGUAAGAAGAAGAAGAGUGGUCGAGAUGAGGAGUUGUCUAAGCUACAAGGCGUUUUGAAACUUAAGGAAAAACUUUCUAGAAAUAAAGUCCUUGAUCGCUUGCUGGCCAAGAAAGAGCCAUUGUCUGAGAUCGAAACAACACUAAAAAUGAAGCUUAUGUCUGAAAUGUUAUGAUGUGUACUGUGUGUUCUUUGAGGUCACUUGUAGGAAAAGUUAGUACUUGUUGUGUGAUGUGUGUACUUGCUUAGUUGUUACAGCUAAACUAACCAUUUUUUAAACGUGUUGUUGCAGGUAGUUCUUUGAGGUCACGGGAGUUGUCACGGGUGGAUUUAGAGUACUGAGAGCAUUUUGGCAUGUAGCUCCUGCUCAUAAGUCACGGGUUUUCUCUUCUUGUAGUAUAAGUACUCGGAUAUGUAUGUCUUUCUCCUCAACAUCAAAAACCUUAUCAUCAAAACCUUUGUAAUAUUUUGGAACGAAAACCAUUGUAAUAUUUGUCUGCUACUUGCUUCUCUCAAUCCUUUGUAUCCAUCUCAUCAACUUGCUUCUCUGUACCAUAACCAUAAUCAGGUUUCGGUUGUUGUUUCAUAUGGCUUACAUGCAUUUUGUUUCAGUUUUACAUGCAUUUUGCUCGCUAUCGUCUUUGGCAUCUUAGGUUUUACAUGCUUGUUAAUAUGGCUUACAUGCAUUUUGUUUCAGUUUUACAUGCUUGUUAAUAUAUGUUUUAACUUUUAACUAGUUGUAUCAGUUAUAAGAACGGCUAUAUUUAUUCUCACUUUGUUUCUAGAAUUUUCUUCAUUUAUAAAAACUAGAAUCCCAAACUACCAAAAAAUAAGAAAAGAUUUAAAAGUAGAAAAAUUCAAAAUAUUUUUAACUUAUAAGAAAAAAAUAGAAAAGAUUUAAAAGUAGAAAAAAUCAAAAUAUUUUUAACUAGAAAA